UUUUCAUGACAGUGUUUGCCUGGGAGUGUUCUCAUAGUCACAACUCCUGUGUUGUUGUUCACAGUUUGUUUACAGACAAGGAACGAGGAAUGGUCGUUGAGGAUGUACGAGUUACUCUUUUUUGACACAUUUUCACAUGAAGUCAGCGAUAAAGUGCAGUUGGAUUUAGUACAGUUUCCAAGGCCUGUACAAGUGACGGAGGUUCGCGCCAUCCCUCUAGGAGCUCGAGUAAAAGCUGAUUUUCCAGGUGGAGUGCGUCUUGGUGCAACAAAUCCAAGUCAGUUUGAAAUAGAGUUCUUCGUCAAUGACCUUAGCAAGAGAGGAGCAGGUACAUUUGAAAGUGUUGGCUGUCUGCAGUAUAAUCAACAUGGAAAAAUACACAUGGACUUUGAAAAAAAGGUUCCGACUGAUGGAUUACUGCUUCGAGGGAAUUAUAAUACCAAAUCCACUUUAGCUGUAUAUGGCCAUUUAACCAAAGUUCAGAGGGAGCAAACUCCCCGAAAUCAACGAAACGUGGAGAGGUUGUGCCUCACCCACCUCAGAAAAAGUCAACACUGCAUGAUGCAUUUAGCGCAAGCAGCAGCCAUUUUCCAUGAUCCUUCAGAGGAUGUCCAGCAAGAUUGGGACACAAAGGUGAUGAUGCACUUAUCAAAACAGUUAUCUCAAGAGAUACAACCCCUCUCAUAUGACAUAAAUAUGGUAACUUCUAACAGGCUAAAAAUUAGUCCUCAUGUGGUCAAUAGCUAUCAAGCUGUCAAAAGGGUUAUUACAUUAUAUUGA